GUGAAUAGGGCCAAACACGGUGUUAAUCUCCUAACCGUACUCCGGGAAAAAAGGAAACCAUGGAAUCCAGCGACAAUGCCGCUGCUCUGUGAGAAUUGCCGUUCAGUUUCCGUGUGAAAAAUUUCAUUCAUUCGACACUGUGUCCUCUCCCCAUUCUUUCACAGAAUAAGAGACUACAUGAAUAACGAGGGUCAAAGGGGUCUUUUGGUUUUCAGAUCAGCUCCCAGGUCAGUCGUCGCCGGCCGGCAAUUACCGGCUCGACGACGACCCAUUCCCUUUGCAGCUCUUUAGCCGGUUUUUGGGCUCCAUAGUUGGACGAAGAGGUUUGAACUCUUUGGCUUGGUAAAGGCAACUUUGCAUGGUGAAUUGAGUAAGACGUCUUCAGCUAUGGAGCCUAAGCAUGCUACUGCAGCUGAUGGAAAAUCAGGGACACCUCCUACCCUUGCUGUUACAGGACUUAUAGUCUCCCCUCGCGAGAAAACUUUAAGUUCGUCAGACUCUUCCUGCAAUACAUCACCUGACUCGACACUGAAUGACCCCUUUGGCAAGGCUAAUUAUGAAUCUGAUGAUUCCACUGCUAAUAACGUACCCAAACUUGGUAGGGAUAACAAAUCACGGUUUUCAGACAACAAAAAUCCUGUUUCUGGGAGCUCUACCAUUAGUAGUGAACCCUUAAACCAUGAAGUGUCACCUUCCAUGUCACAGUCAGAAGGGACUCACUGUUUUUCCAGGUCAUGCUCUGGCAAUUCGUCAACCACAGAAUCACCUCCCAUGCAAGUAAUGGAGCACUCCGCAAACGAAUCUUAUAGGAUCCCUUCUUCAGUGUUUGCUAGAGAUGAGUCUGCAAAUCCAGCAGAGUGGAGUGUAACUUCUCAUGAAUCAUUAUUUAGCAUUCACAUGGGUACUAUGAGUUUUACCAAAGAUGCUAGUUUUUGGCAGUCGGAUGAGCUGGGUGAGCUAGGAACUCCUCGAAACUUCCCCUUAUCCCCUGCUAUGUGUGACUUCUCUCCGUACCAGUCAAGUCAUGAGAUGGAAUUGGCUGAAGUGGAGAUCUCAAGGGGAAAUGAGGAUUUAAAUCAUGAAAGAUCUCUUGCUGUUGGACGUAUCUCUCCUAAACCAAUGGAAAGUGGAACCAAUACAAUGUCUUUUGCAUUUCCAGUGCUGUCAGGGAAUCUGGAUAAAAAAUAUUCAGUGCGCAUGGCUUCUCCAGUUGAAUCUAGCCCAGAGCAGAGGCAACCUCAGUUAGAAUUAGCAGAGCUGCAUACAGAACCGCUGCCUCAAUCAGAGCCAAAGACCCCGACAGCAACUGAAAAUGCAGGGAAAACAAAAUGGUUUCCUUGCUUCUCAUGCUGCUCUUCCGGUUCCUAGGAUUGCUUUCCUAAUAGUCCCUUUGUUUCUGACGAUGCCAUGGUUCAAGGAUUAAUACGAUUAGCCCAGAAGUGCUGAUGUGGUGCAUGCCCGGUGAGUUUGGUAGUAACAACAUUCAUAAAAUGGACUUAAAGUGGUGAGUUUGGUAGUAACAACAUUCAUAAAAUGGACUUAAAGUGGUGAGUUUGGUAGUAACAACAUUCAUAAAAUGGACUUAAAGUGGUGAGUUUGGUAGUAACAACAUUCAUAAAAUGGACUUAAAGUGGUGAGUUUGGUAGUAACAACAUUCAUAAAAUGGACUUAAAGUGGUGAGUUUGGUAGUAACAACAUUCAUAAAAUGGACUUAAAGUGGUGAGUUUGGUAGUAACAACAUUCAUAAAAUGGACUUAAAGUGCUACUUUGAUGCAUUUUGGUAAAGUAUGAUGACUUGAUCAUCCAGUUUACUGGCCUGUCCUUUGGAUCGCUAUGUGUUUGGUCCCAGAGUUCUAAUUAGAAGAUUACGAAGGCCUUCAACUUAUGGGAUUCUGAUUUUUUUCAAUUGUUUGUGUCAAAUGUAAAUAAGCAGGAGUCUUUUUUCCAGAUUUUGUUUGAUGCUCAUAAGUCAGACAUUAGAGACUUACAUGUUUGUAAGUUUCCCCCAUCCAUUUUUUGACAUAGAGUGUAGAUGAAGUUCUUGAUUGAUUAUCGGUUAGUUAUAAAUCAAUUUUUUUACUGUUAUAGAGAAGGAGAAAAUCUUGUUUCUU